UAUCAGGCAAGGAGGAGGACACUCAGGGCCUCAGGGAGGGAAAAGGAGGACACGAGGUCGGUGCGGUGCGCUCGUACCAUACCGUGCGCGGUGAGAUCCCCGAGACGGAGACGACGACGACGAACCCCCACAAAAAUCUCACCUCCUUCGUCCUCGCUCCGCCCCAGAUCUCUCCUGCCCCCACACCCCGGCGGCCGCCGCGUGUAUCUGAGCGCCAUCGGCAGCCAUGAUGUCCUCCAGCAAGCUCAAGUCCGUCGACUUCUACAGAUAUAUGGAGGCAGUUUGAUUCUCUUGGGCAGUCAUGAUUUUGGAAAAUCCCUAGGGAUUUGACCGAGGCAUCACUAUCUGGCGCUGGAUUAUCCAUUGUAGCAGCACUAGCUAUGGUGUUUUUGUUUGGAAUGGAGUUGAGCAGUUACUUAGCGGUCAAUACUACCACAUCUGUGAUUGUUGAUAGGAGUUCAGAUGGGGAGUUCUUACGGAUAGAUUUCAAUAUGAGCUUUCCUGCACUUUCUUGUGAAUUUGCAUCAGUUGAUGUCAGUGAUGUGCUGGGAACAAACAGAUUGAACAUAACGAAAACUGUUCGCAAGUUUUCGAUUGAUCGGAAUUUAGUACCAACUGGAUCUGAAUUCCACUCGGGGCCUAUUCCCAUUAUCAAUAAGCAUGGAGAUGAUGUUGAAGAGGAUCAUGUUGAUGGUUCAGUUCCCUUGUCGUCUCGCAAUUUUGAUAGCUAUUCGCACCAGUAUCCUGUUUUGGUCAUCAACUUUUAUGCCCCCUGGUGUUACUGGAGCAAUCGAUUGAAACCUUCGUGGGAGAAGGCUGCGAAAAUAAUGAGGGAGAGAUAUGACCCUGAAAUGGAUGGUAGAAUCCUUCUUGGCAAGGUUGACUGCACUGAGGAAGUUGACUUGUGUAGGAGGCACCAUAUACAAGGUUACCCAUCCAUUCGUGUUUUCCGUAAAGGGUCUGAUAUCAAGGAGAAUCAGGGUCACCAUGAUCAUGAAUCAUACUAUGGGGAACGUGAUACUGAGAGUUUAGUUGCGGCAAUGGAAACUUAUGUUGCAAACAUUCCGAAAGAGGCUCAUGUGCUUGCUUUGGAAGACAAAUCCAAUAAAACUGUUGAUCCUGCAAAGCGCCCUGCUCCAUUGACCAGCGGAUGCAGAAUAGAAGGCUUUGUGCGAGUUAAAAGGGUUCCAGGGAGUGUUGUUAUCUCGGCUCGAUCUGGGUCACACUCGUUUGAUCCGUCCCAGAUAAAUGUUUCACACUAUGUGACACAGUUCUCAUUUGGCAAAAAACUUUCGUCAACGAUGCUUUAUGAAUUCAAAAGACUAACUCCGUAUGUUGGCGUACACCAUGAUAGAUUAGCUGGUCAGUUUUACAAUGUUAAGCAUGGUGAUGUUGAUGCCAAUGUUACUAUUGAGCAUUACCUACAAGUUGUGAAGACUGAGCUUGUAACAUUGAGAUCAUUAAAGGAAUUGAAACUGCUUGAAGAAUACGAAUACACAGCGCACAGCAACUUGGUGCGCAGCUUCUAUGUUCCUGUUGUAAAAUUCCAUUUCCAGCCUUCUCCAAUGCAGGUCUUAGUAACUGAAGUUCCGAGAUCCUUCUCUCAUUUCAUCACAAAUGUCUGUGCUAUUAUUGGUGGAGUCUUCACGGUUGCUGGAAUACUGGAUUCCAUCCUUCACAACACGCUAAGGCUGGUGAAGAAGGUUGAGCUAGGAAAGAACAUUUAAAUGCCGAAGGUAGAUCUUUCGACGUGCCUGCGAGUUUUAACGGUCGCACUAGUAAGCCAUUAUUUUUUUAUACCUGGGUAGCAAUUCUUGGUAAUCAAUAUCAAUAUAUGAAAGAGGGAGGCGUGUGGGGUUGACAAAGUUGGAACUAGGGGUCAUGAUAUAACUAGUGACCUCGACCUCACUGGUUUGUUGAAUCUUACAAAUAAGACAGUGGAUCCUUGUGUCCCCUGUGCUAAUUGAGCAAGAUUAUAUGCUGUGCUACUUAUUCA